AAAAAAAAAGUCUUUCAUAUCUCGCUCUUUUCGGUUCUCAUUCAUAUCCUCAUUUUUCAUUCUCACGCUCUCCUCCUCUAUUUAUCCUUCUCAGGCAUUCACUUCGUGUGUUUGGAUAUAAUCCUUCUCGAAGCAAGUGGUGAGGUCGUUGUAGAUUCUUCUUCCUCUUCCUCUUCCCCGCAUUAUUGAGUUGGAUUAUAACUUCACAAUGACAGUCUAUUAGUUGAACUAUCUAUUGCCUUUAUUUCCAAUCGCUUCCGACCCUCCGAAUUUUUCCUUCCCGUCUAUUUUGGAAGGAUGUAAAGAUGUGGAGAAGAUUUUUUUUUUUUUCUCCUAUUGUUCUUUGUACUCCAGGUGAACAUGUUGUUCUCCUUAGUCUUUAGUAUCAGCAAAACUAUUACCUCCCCUCUUCCGUUCUUCUUCAGUUUCUCAUACACAACGCAUUACCUCAAAGUAAUCUAUUCUAUUCUUUCAAUCCCGAAAAUGAAGACUCUCGCUCUCGCUAUUACCGUUGUUAUCUCUGCUGUCUCGGCCGCCCCUGGCGCUCACUGGACUUACGGACAAGACAAUGCAGGGCCUCAGCACUGGGGAGAACUUGAUCCUCUCUAUGGCAAGUGUGGUACAGGUCAUAAACAAUCCCCCAUCGACAUCGUUGUCGGUGCACCCUUUGUGAAGCUCCAGAGCCGACCCUUCGACAAAUUGGACUAUAAACCUUUACGUGAUGUCCACUGUGGAUAUGAUGGACACACUGUCAAGUGUGAAUGGAACGCCACAUCCACCAACACCAAUGAUAAUUCAAUCACUCUCCAGGGCAAGACCUAUUAUCUGACUCAAUUCCACUUCCAUUCUCCAAGUGAACAUCGUAUCAACAACCAUUUCGCAGACGCAGAACUACAUUUGGUUCAUCAAUCCAAAGAGGAUAACUCUUUAGCUGUCAUCGGAUUGAUGUUGGAGAAAGUUGAUCGCGUCAAGGACGGUCAUGGUUUCUUGAUCAAGGACAGCGUCACGGGUUUGCCCUCAAAGAAGGAACAGAUCAAAUACAAGGUCCACACUGUUGAUUUCUCCAGUCUACUCAAAUCCACAAAGAACUUCACUCCUCGUUGGGAAUACGAGGGUAGCUUGACCACCCCUCCUUGUGAUGAAGGCGUCGCUUGGAAUGUGGUCAAACAACCUAUUCAUCUAGGCCUUGAACAAUUCAAUGCCCUGGUCGAUCUUCAGGGCUUCAGCGCACGUUUCGUCCAGAGCCGUCCCGAGGCUGAGAAGUAAAAAAAAAUAUAUAAAUAUAUAAAAUAUAACAUAAUAAAAUAUAAUAUCCCGUCUCUUUAUCAUAUUAAGCCUAGCCAUCCCUCAACCCAUCAGAAACAGCUUUAAUCAUCGUAUAUAACAAGGUCACGAGUAGAGCAACAAAUGUCAAGAUAAUGAUAUAAAUAUAAAAUAUAAAAUCACCGUCGUCAAGAGGAGAUGGACAUUCGAAUAAAACCGCAGUUUGGAUGAUCAAUUGGUCUCAUAAAUAUUUCCAUGAAAGUAAUGUGGCAAUGCAGCAAUGUUAGUAAUGAAGCCAAAUCCCCUUGUAAAUCGUUAGUCUAUGGUUGGUUGGUUGGUUGAUUGGUUAGUUGAUUGGUUGGUUGUAUACCUAUUGCCCUAGAUGCCUAGAU